AUGAGCAACGUGUACAACACUUCAUCGGUUUUAUAUCUAAGUGGCUUUAAUCUGUCUUCUGAAUAUGCAUUUCCUGCAUUUCUUUUUGCAUCUCUCAGCUACAUGAUCAUACUUUUCUGCAACCUUACUCUAAUCCUCACCAUUGUGCUGAACAAAUCUCUGCAUCAGCCGAUGCAUCUCAUUCUGGUGAACCUUCCUAUCAAUGACCUGAUAGGUUCAUCUGCACUCUUUCCGCAGCUUAUCAAUGUAUUACUGACAAACAGCAAGAUAAUUCAGUACUCAGCUUGUGUAGCUCAAGCAUUUUUUAUCCACAUCUAUGCAGCAGGCGCUGUGUUCAUUCUUACUGCUAUGGCGUAUGAUAGAUACAUGGCCAUAUCUCAGCCUUUGAAAUACAGCGCUGUUAUGACUAAUGCUCAUAUUAUGAAGCUAAUAACCCUCGUGUGGUCAGCUUGUAUCAUUCUUAUAUGUGUACUUUUUAUCCUGCUUUUACGUUUACGUCGCUGCCGAUCUGAAUUAACACACUCAUACUGUGAUAAUCCAAGUUUGCUGACUUUGGUUUGUGAUGACACCACAGUUAAUAACAUUUAUGGGCUUUUUAUAAGCGCUCUUUCACAAGUGGUGGUUGUUGGGAUGGUUUUUUAUACAUAUCUGCAGAUCCUGAUUACAUGUUUCAGAUCCAAACAUUCAGACACUAAAGCCAAAGCUCUGCAAACAUGUGCUACACAUCUACUUGUUUUCCUGUUGCUGGAGUGUUUGGGCCUUUUCACCAUCAUCUCAUACAGGCUACAGAACAUUUCACCUCAUUUAAGAAGAUUUCUGGGGGUGUCUACACUGAUUUUUCCCCCAACCCUAAAUCCAAUUAUCUAUGGCCUGAAAACUAAAGAAAUUCGAGAAAAAGUCAUUCAUUUUUUCAGGAAUAAAUUGCUUCCAUUGUAA